AUGGCCUCACACCCGCCGUUUCCAAGACGCACCCGCGUGCCGGUGCCGACCGCAGAGUUCUGCCUGCCUGCUCCGGUCAACAGCAUUUGUGGGGAGAACGUAUGGAUCACUGCAGGCUUUGCGCUGACGUUGAAGAGAGAAGAACACCAACCAGGCAUCAAUGUGUCGAGUCCUGUGGUGUCGACCAAGGCCAAAGCUGUGCAACCUCCUCAAGAGCUAUCGUCGGCAGGCGACAGCGACGUCGAAGACCUCAACAAGGACAAUACAAACAAGGCAACGCCCACGACGACAGGGAGUGCCGAAAGCAAAAAGACCAAGUAA